GGACAUCAUCGAUCCCCGCACGCUCUUUGUUACUGAGAGUCGUCUUAAAGAAGCUGUGCAGUUGCUGGAGGAUUAUAAACAUGGGACUUUACCCCCAGGAGUCACCAACAAAGAGCUUUGGGGAGCUCAAAAAAUAAAGCAGGCCAUCAUACAUCCUGACACUAAUGAGAAGAUCUUCAUGCCUUUCAGGAUGUCAGGUUACAUUCCUUUUGGAACACCCAUCGUUGUUGGUCUUCUCCUGCCUAACCAGACGCUGGCAACCACUGUUUUUUGGCAGUGGUUGAAUCAGAGCCACAACGCAUGUGUCAACUAUGCAAACCGAAAUGCAACAAAGCCUUCUCCAACAUCCAAGUUCAUCCAGGGCUACUUGGGAGCUGUCAUAAGCGCUGUCUCAAUUGCGGUGGGCCUUAAUGUUCUGGUUCAGAGAGCAAACAAGUUUACUCCAGCCACCCGUCUCUUGAUCCAGAGGUUCGUGCCGUUCCCUGCUGUAGCGAGUGCCAAUAUCUGCAACGUUGUCCUGAUGAGGCACACGGAGCUGGAAGAAGGGAUCGACGUCCUGGACAGCAAUGGGAACAUUGUCGGAUCUUCCAGAAUUGCUGCCAAACAUGCACUGAUGGAGACAGCCCUGACUAGAGUAGUCCUGCCAAUGCCUAUACUGGUUCUACCUCCAAUUAUUAUGUCUCUUCUGGAAAAAACAUCUUUCCUGCGAUCCCGGCCCCGGAUGGUCCUCCCCGUGCAAGGCCUUGUGUGCCUCGCGGCCUUUGGCCUGGCUCUUCCCUUGGCCAUCAGUCUCUUCCCGCAGAUGUCGGAGAUCGAGACCUCUCGACUGGAGCCAGAAAUAGCAGUGGCCACACCCAGUAAGACUGUUGUCUACAAUAAAGGGUUGUAAGUGGACGUGGAUCCUCUCAACACAGAAGAUUUGAGGAGGAGAAGGGGGGAAAACAAGCACUAGAACUCAGAGAUUGUAACCUAUUACCGCUCUCAGGAGCUGGGAGUGAAUUAACACUUUCAGAAUAUUGACACCUCACAUCAGUCAAAAAGAUUCAUAUUUAAGGUUUUAAAUUAGCAACGAGAAGAAAAACAAAUGACUUUCAAACACUUUAGAGAGCUAGCUACCAUAUAACGUCCUGAAUUAGAAACAGCGCUGCAUGGAAAGGCGUUUAAUGAUAUGUUGACAUGGGUAUGCCUAACUCACCAUGAAAGUAGACUACACAAGACACUUUUGUUUUUUAAUAAGAAUUAAAUCUCCACACUUGGAUGCUGCACAGAUAUCACUCUCUAGAAAUCAAUUGGUGCAUGAAUUAGAAGUGCUAGCUAGGGCGUUUGAUACGUGUACAGUAUUGAUUAAAUGUCAAUCUCGCACCAGUAAUCUUGCACAAAAACAACCUUUAGUUAGGUUUGUGACACUUUGAUUCUAAACAAAUAACACGAUGAAGGUCUUAGCCUGUGUGCCCUCCCUCCCUCUCUGACAAACAGCCACAAUCAGACCCUGCCAUUCAUUGGAUAUUCUGUGUGAUUGGCGCCGAAGGCUCUAGCUUAUUGGCAGACUUUGCCCAGGGUAGCAAGAUAACGAAACAUCAACCUGCCAACGUACAGUGCACAGAAUGGGAAGAGAUCUAUCGGUAGAAAGAACACAGAUCUGUCCCAUAACUUUGCAUAAUGGGCCAAAUUCUGUUCUCAUUGGCAUACUCCAGGCAUAACUUUACUGGUUUCUGUUAAAAUACACUGGAAUUAAUAAGAGCAGAAUUAGGCCUAAAUGGUGAAGGGACAGAGCUUCAGCUGGUAUAAACCAGUGUUUCUCAACCUUUUUAUAUAUAUAUAUAUAUAUAAAGUACCC